AUGAAAAGGCCAAAUUGAUUGAUUUUUCUUUUUCUAUUUCUUAUUCAAUGAUUACUUAUUGAGCAUAUAUUAAAAUAAAAAAUAUAUAAAAAUACACAAAUCAGCUGUUCAAGGAUACUUUUCUUUACAAAUGCAGGUUUAAUCACUCCAAAAACGCCUAACCCUAUUCAAUUAUCAUAUAAUAAUGCUUACUCCUAUGCAGACUAUACUUUUUCUUUUCAAAUAGAAACAUUAUUACCCCCAAGCUCAGUCUUAAAAAUAACUUUUCCUCCUUAUGCUUACCCCUCUGGUCUUGGUAUCACAAAUUGCCAAGCCUUAGACAGCUCAAAAAAUUCUUUAUCCUGCACAAUUUCUCAAACCACUGCAAUAAUUACUAUUGGCGAACUUUCUAAUACUCCAUCUGAUAACACCAAUACAAUCACAUUAAAAUCAGUAAGAAACCCUUCUAGUCAAGGCUCAACAGGGUAUUUUAAGCUAGAAACUUAUAUAAACAACAACCUUUUAGACUAUAAUGACAUUUUUGGAUAUAUUGGAAUUGAUAGUCAGGCGCCUUAUUUUGUGUCAAGUUCUGUAACUUGUACAUCAGGCUGUGCAGCUGGAAGUUCUGGCACUUAUGUAAGCCAUAAAGCAUCAUAAUUUUUUUUAUUAAAUAAAAAUUGCCCUAUAUCUCUUAAAAAUAAGUCCAUAUUUUUUAAAAUAAAAAAUUCAUUUAUUUUAAUUAGUAUAGUUUAUUUUUCAGCUGGCUUAAAAAUCCCUUCAUACAGCCGAAUAAAUAUUUAUUUUCCUAGCACCUUAACUUUAUUAAGCUAUAUACCUUGUACUUCCAGCUUACUCCCCCCCCCCCCCUCCGUGAGCGAACAAAAAAAUUUUGUUCGCUCACGGAGGGGGGUUAAUUUUUUUUUUAAAAAAAAAUUUAUAUAUAAAUUUUAUAAAAAAUAUUUUUUUCGAAAUUUAAAAAAAUCCUAAUUUGCAAAAAUUGGGAAGCAAAUAUUAAUUUAAUUUGCAAAAUUUAUGUUUAAAACGCAAUUUGUUUAAAAUUAAACAGAAUUAGCUCUAGAUUUCAUUAUACUAAUUAUCACUUAUAUAUCAAAAUUUUUUUCCAUUAAAAUUUUUUCUAUUAAAAAAAAUUUUUGUUCACUCACGGAGGGUGGGUUUUUGGUCAAAAAAUGGCGAUUUUUCUAAUGGUUUUGUUCGCUCACGGAGGGGGGGGGGGGAGUUAGGAAAUGUCGAGUGCUAUUUAUCUGGAACUAGCCUUGCUACCAUCCAAAAUUUAAGCAGUGAUAUCAAUGGGAGUGUCAGUAUCACAUUUACCUCUAUACAAAACCCAUCAGUAUCAGGAGCUGUUGGGAGUUUUUUUAUUGACAUUUUAGACAGUGCUGUGAAUUCUUUAAUUGCUACAUCUGGAGCUGUUUCUGGGCCAGUUUUAACUGCUGGACCCAUAACUUCUAAAAUUUGUCCUGAUAAUGGAAAUCCUCUAUGCACUAAACCUUACGAAAAUAUUGCUUAUUCUACAGCUGCAUACCUAAAUUCUUAUAUUUUUACUAUCCAAGCUACAACUACUAAUAACAUCCCAUCAGGUGGAGUCAUUACUAUUUCUUUUCCUUCAGCUUUAUCUUUGAUUUCUGAUACUUGUCAAGUAUUGUCUGGGCUAACUAAUAUAGGAAAAUUAGAAUCCCAACAAGUAACUUGUAUAAUAUCAUCAAAUUCUUUAAAAAUUAACAAUUUCAGAGCUUUUCCUCAAGGGACUUUUUCUUUACAAGCACGUGCCCAGACCCCAGUUUCUCCAGCUUCUAUAGGAACUUUUACAAUUUCUACAUAUACGACUAGUGCUAUGACUGUUUUAAUUGAUCAAAUUACUUCUUCAAGUAUUUUUAUUGAUGAGGUUAGUCCUGCUACCUAUUGGGAUAUUAUGUGGUUUGUUGAUGGGGCGGGGAAUAAUGGGUUUAGGAUCACUUUUAAGCCGACGACUGCAAUUUCGCCUACAAAUAAUCAUGCUUUUAAGAUUAUUUUUCCAGAUGAGUAUAUAAUAGGAGGGACUGUGACUGUGAAUUUUACACCUGGAGGAGGAUCACUUCAGACGCCUACGUUUACCACAACAAGCAACAGCCUGCUUAUAUCGAUUCCAAAUUCUUUAUCAAUCCCUACAGGACAAAAUAAUCGGUUAGAAAUCACGUCUUCAUUAGGAAUUUCUAACUCCUCCGCUUAAAUUGGAACAAAAAUCCGUUAAAUUUAAAAGGUCUCUGCUUGGAAAAAUUCAAAAAGUGUCGUUUGUAUUUUUUUCAUACCAAAAAACCAUUUUUGAAGAUUAUGGUCAUUUUUAUAGGUUUUUUGGAGGGGUUGAAAAAGUCCUGUGUGCUUUAUUUAACCUCAACCAUUAAAGUACGAUGUUUUGUUCCAGUUUAAAGAAGUAAGCCAACAACUCCUGGGACUUAUUAUCCUAUAAAAUAAUUUUUUGCCCAUUAAAUUUGCUAUGAAUCCUUAUUUUUUAUCAUUUUUAAGCUAUUUUUACAAAUUAUUAUCUUAUACAUUACUGAUACAGUUAUACAUAGAAACAAUUUUAAAGAGUUCUUCAUCAGAUCUCUAUGAUUAUUUAUACCCAGACACAAUUUUGUCACCAACUAUGAGCUCAAUUUCGUUAUCUAUAUUUUCUCUUGACAUAAAUAAGCAGACAGUCUAUGAUUUUUCUUUUGUUCCUACCCUAAAAAUACCAAAAAGUGUUGUCCCUUCUUCACUUAUGACCACUUGAGGCACUAUUGAGCUGCAAUUUCCUAUGCUAGACUCGGGAAAUAACUUAUGGUCAACUGAUUUAGGAACAGGGCUAUCUACAGGAAGCUUAAUCUCUUGUAAAAGUUUAUCGGGGAUUGUUCCUGCUACGGGGACUGAAAUUACUUGUACUCUUACAUUAGCUUCUGGUACAACUACUACAGAUUAUGCUAACUCCCCCCCCCUCCGUGAGUGAACAAAAAAAUUUUGUUCACUCACGGAGGGGGUUAAAUUUUUUUUUUUUAAAAAAAUUUAUAUAUAAAUUUUAUAAAAAUUUUGUUUUUUCGAAAUUUAAAAAAAUCCUAAUUCGCAAAAAUUGGAAAGCAAAUAUUAAUUUAAUUUAUAAAAUUUAUGUUUCAAAACGCAAUUUGUUUAAAAUUAAACAGAAUUAGCUCUAGAUUUAAUUAUGCUAAUUAUCACUUAUAUAUCAAAAUUUUUUCCCAUAAAAAAUUUUUUUCUAUUAAAAACAUUUUUGUUCACUCACGGAGGGUGGGUUUUUGGGUAAAAAAUGCCGAUUUUUCUAAUGGUUUUGUUCACUCACGGAGGGGGGGGAGUAAGAUAAGAAUUACAAAUUUUGAAGAAAUUGCUUCAGGAAUGACAUAUAAAAAAAUGGUAGCGAGCCAAAUCAACCUCAUAAUACCUACAGCUGGGAGGCCUGGGACCUUCUGGAAGAGAGUUUGGUGUUCGAUAUGUAUAUCUGGCCAGGUUUUGCUUCGUUUGGUGGAAACGGAUCUCCCAGCAAUACCACCGAAGUUCCUCCUGGUCGAUCGAGAACGUUCUCAAACGAGAUGCCAGGUGUUGAGUCCUGGACUACUCGGCCGACAGGUGACCGGAAAAUUUGUUUUUUCGAAUUUUAUAGAAGCCAAAUUCGUUGGUGCAUGGCUGGGUGACCCAAAACUUCCAACUAUCAGGGAACAUGUACAGGCCCAUGUUUGUUAGGAGCAAGACUUUGAAGGUCGUGAAAUGAUUUCCAGACUAAUGGAGUGCUAUAUAAAGGAAUAAUGGUCAUCAGAUCCAGACAGGCAACUUUUCUAUAAUCUAACUAAGCGUGAGUGUAAGCAUCAGGAAUCACAAUAAGGCUCCAAAUCGCAGGGAUAACAAAUAUUGCGACAGACCAGAUUACAGCAAAAAUUACUAUAAAUACUUAUUCAAUUACCCAAAAAUUGGAAAAAAAAUUAAAUUCAGAUUUUUUUGUGACACCUACGUUUUACUAUUCAAAUGACCCAAAUAUACCACCACUUAAUGGGAAAGGGCCGAUUUCUGAAGGCGGGGAUGGGACUAAUGUGGCGAAUUUAAAUCCUGCUACAAUAGGAGAGAUGACAGAGUUAAGUUUCCCUAUGUGGCUUGAAAAUGCUGUUGCAGUAGGAGAUAUUUUUGAUUUUAUUGAAUUUUCUAGCUAUUUAAGGUCUAUUUUCUAUAAAAAAAUUCAGUGAAUUGAUAAUUAUAUGAUUAUUGAAAUCUAGGAUACUAUGAUAAUAAAAUUACCUUCUCAGCUUAUAUUAACUGACACGGGAAUUUUAUGCUAUAUAAAUAUUAAUACAGCCCAGCCUUGCUACUCAUAUCCUGUAAAUUCCUGAAUUGUUGUCCAAGGAUUUACAAUGGCGCUUUCUUCACAAACUGAUUAUACUUUUAGCAUAAGUGGUCUGCAAAAUCCUGGCAAAAAAAUUAUUUUAUCAGGAAUCAAAACAGUAACGAUCCAUUCUAAUAAAGAAUUAGAAUAUAUUAUACUCAUACUUAAUAUUUUUUAAAAUAAUUAUUUCGGUAUGUGCCACUUUUUUGCCGAUUUUUAUUAUUAACAGUAAUAUUUUUAUGUCGAAUUUUUUUAAAAAAAUAAUAAUUAUUCAGAUUUUUCUGAGCUAGACCCAGGGAGUAUUUUAGUAUCUGUGACCCCAGAUUCUUAUUCAGCCAGCAAUAUUGAUACUUCUUAUACCUGGCUAUUCACUCCAGAGCAUGAUUUAUCGGCUGGAUCAACAAUAGUUUUAGUUUUUCCAAGAAACUGGUAUGUGCUGCUUACAUCUCCAUCAUUAGAAUUCAGUAUUUAUGGCAGCCUUUUACCAGGUACAGGCGGGUUUACUUAUACAGUAAGCUCAGCUACUAUAACAAUAUCGAAUUUCCAGGACUAUGAAGGUGGGAAUCCUAUUUAUGUAAAAAUUAAUCAUAUUUUGAAUCCUUUGACCUCUGGUCUUACUGAUUAUUUUACUAUAUACCAAAAUACUUAAAAUAGCCUGUAUAAUCACAUAAAAACCAAAAAAGCGCUAUUCUAGGUAUAAAAGUAUAUCUACAUAUUCAAAUGAUGGACAUUUAAUAGACACUAACCAAGAAGUUACAGGCAUUUUAAUUACCCAGCAAAACCCUAUCCAAGCUAUCCAGCAUCUUGAUUUUUAUGGAGACCCAUCUAAUGGUAACACCAUCAGUAGUUAUUUAAUAUCAAUAAUUUUACCCCGAUCUGCCCCUGCCGGUAGCACACUUGACAUAGCUUUUCCAUCAUCAAAUUUCCCAUCGCUACCCACAAGCCCUAUUUGUGCACUUUCAGGGGCUUUAACCACUUUUGCUUCCUGCGUCAAAACUUCGUCAUCAAUCAUCACAAUUACUACAGAUGAAACUCUAUUGGCAGAAAAUAUCCCAUUAAAUAUCACUAUAUAUAAUGUCAAUAGUUUUGCGGCUGGACUUACUUCUGAUGCAAUUUCUGUAUCAGUUUCUUAUUCUGGUGUCAUUUAUAUGGAAAGCCCUGAUGGAGGUUCAAAUAGACAAACUACUACAGAAGCGGAAAUGACUAGUCUUGAUAUAAGUUCAGUUUAUUUUUCUCCAAAAACAGCGGCUGAAGCUGCUCUUUAUAGCUUUGGGAUUACUACAACACAUAUGUGGUAUAAAAAUUGCACUUUAAAUAUAGAAUUCCCUGAUAGUUUUCCGAGAAAUUUACACCCCCACCUUGUGCAAGCAAAUUGCUCAUUCAUGUUGGCUAAUUUUUUAAAACUUAUUUAUGUUAAUGUUAAUGUUAAAGCUGAAUAUUUAAAGUCUCUACUUCCAGUGGCGUGCUGGCACAAGUGAAUUGGGUGGACUUCACCUCUGGUAACUCUGAGCCCAGGCCGAAACCCCUGGUUCUCGGUAGUGGGUUGCCCUUUUUGUGUCCACAGACAUCUGCCGGGCACCACCAUUUCCAACUCAGUCCCUUCGCCCUUCGAAGCCAACUAUACCUACCCUGGCCGGUAUCGUCCACCUAACGGGACCCUUUAACCGGAGGGACCGCCUUGAUUGUGAGUCUAGCCUGCCUCCCCUUUUACAGGUCAUCCCUGAAUAAAAACUCAACCACUUCCGUGAUUCGGGGCAAAGCCAUCGAGAGCAGCUUGAGCAGGGAAAUCACCCUGCUCCAUUUCGGGCACCCACUGGCUAGGGCGCUGCUGGAAAAAGGAUUUGCGAUUAACUGCCGAAGGAUCAGGCCACAAAUCAGCGGGUCUGUGUGCGUGCCCAUCGCCUCUGGACUCCUGAUGUUGCUGGGCUAUAUCACUCCUCCUGAAAGCCAUGCCCGGAUAUACAUGGGUUACCGUCACACACGAGAGGACGGGUCGGACGUCAUACGCCAUUUUAUGUAUAUUAAAACUUAUUUAAAUGCAAGCUAUUUAAAAUUGAAUAGAAUUAGCUUAAAUUUCAUUAUAAUUAUAUAAAAUAGAUACUAAAUAAAAAAUUCUUAGUAUUUUUCUCUAUCAUUGGAGAGUUAGGAAAUAAUCUGAAAUGCACAAGUGACAAACUAGGACUUAUAAGCUGCUGGGCUAAUAAAAACACCUUAAUUAUCCAAGGAACUAAAGACAACUCCCCCUCCGCAUUUAUUUUGAACGUAACCUACAUUACAAACCCAAAUAUCCAAACUAUUAUAGGAACUUUUAACGCCUUCACAAAGUGCGGCCUAAAAAUCCUAGACUACGGCACUCUAAGCCUAGGCACUUAUAUAUCUGAUUCCCCACAAAGCAUGUAUAUUUCUUCUCUCUCUUCAGAUUCUCUCUAUACUCGCUACAAUUCCUCCCUAAUUUUUACCAUAUCCACCACUAUAAACCAAGUAGGCUCUCCAUCAGACCUAAUUUUUAUUGAUUUUCCUAUAGAUUACGACAUAAAUAACUCCCAGCUUAAUUGCAAUUCCUCUAUGAGUUCUCUAGUCUCCUGCAGUUCCCUAAACAACCGUUUAUCUGUGGCCGCUUAUGACAAUUCUAUUGACAAUUCCCAAAAAAAAUCAUUUACAAUUGGUGCAAAAAAUAUAGAAAAUCCUGAAAAUAUAGGAAUUACCCCAUAUAUUUCUUUGGCGAUUUAUAAUAGUGGGACUGAUAAAGUUAUAGCUAGGACAAUGCCGAAUUUAAAUAGGGUGCAUUCUUUGUCGUAUGAAGAAGGAAAUUUUGAAAUAAACAUUAAUUAUGGACUCGGGUGGACUGUAGGAGCAGGGACUGCGACAGAUAUAAUGUACGCAAGUAUUGAAAAUGGGGCGCCUGCUGAAGUUUUUAUAUCAGGGAAUUUUACAAAUUUAAUUAAAUUAAGCCCAGAUCCUAUACAUUUUGUACUGGGGGAGGCUGAAAAACCAUUUAGAAUUUCUUGUGAGCCUAGCUUAUCAGCUGGAAAUUAUAUAAUUGGAUGGACAAUAUCAGGGAAGCUUGCAAAAUCUACCUAUUCUCCUAUAAGAAAAAGCGAAUUCUCAGUGAUCUCUACAAAUUCUGAGACCAUUGAAAUAGAUUCUCUAGGAAUAAUCCCACUAGGAGGCACCACUUUGCCAUUAAAAAUUAUCUUUACUCCCCCCCCCUCCGUGAGCGAACAAAACCAUUAGAAAAAUCGCCAUUUUUUGACCAAAAAACCCACCCUCCGUGAGUGAACAAAAAUUUUUUUAAUAGAAAAAAUUUUAAUGGAAAAAAAAUUUUGAUAUAUAAGUGAUAAUUAGUAUAAUGAAAUCUAGAGCUAAUUCUGUUUAAUUUUAAAACAAAUUGCGUUUUUUUAAAACAUAAAUUUUGCAAAUUAAAUUAAUAUUUGCUUCCCAAUUUUUGCAAAUUAGGAUUUUUUUAAAUUUCGAAAAAAAUAUUUUUUAUAAAAUUUAUAUAUAAAUUUUUUUUAAAAAAAAAAAUUAACCCCCCUCCGUGAGCGAACAAAAUUUUUUUGUUCGCUCACGGAGGGGGGGGGGGGAGUUAGCCAACCUCCUAGCUCCAGCCUAGAAAUCCACCUUAUCCAGCUGGGCAGUUCUCCUACAAACAUCACAAUUUUGCCUAAAAUUCUCGAUUUUUCAGUCAACGACACACAAGAAACCUUCCAAGUCACAGUUAAUGGAAAUUCUGAAGGAGACCAAGGGUCAAUUUUUGUAUAUAUAUCAGGGGCAAAUAAAAAUACAUAUACGCUGUCUAAUGAUAUAUUGAAAUUUAUAGUAGGAUCUAUAGAUAAUACUGUACCUUUGCUAUAUGAAAGCUCAAUUUAUCAUAUUGACAUGAAUUCUGCCAAUUUUUCAGCAAGUUUUAGUGAGCCUGUAGUGAUUUAUUGGAUGGUCGCGCUACAAGGGACAGUUACGCCAAGCUUCAAUGAGAUUAAAUAUCAAAAUGCAGGGUAUUAUUACACGCCACCUAUAUAUGGGACCUAUUAUAGUUAUAUAAAUGAGACAAAUAAAUACAGUUAUAAUUGAAAUACGAAUGGGCUUACUGCACAGACUCCGUAUAGCUUGUUUAUUUAUUAUGAAGAUCUUGGUGGGAAUCAUCCGGAUUCUGUUAAAAUGAUAAAUUUUACGAGUAGCCAGAGAUUUAAUAUUGCACAAUUUUCGUUGAAGUUUGGGGUAGAGGCUCUUUCAGAGUCAGAAAAAGGGGUUUUGCUUCAGGAAAUCAGCACAAUUUUGAAAAUUCCUCAAAAACUAUUAGAUUAUAGGACAGACUAUACCCCAGCCUCAUACUCUUACAAUAAUAAAGCUAACUCUGAGGCAGAUUUACCUAUUUCUACCACCAGCUCAGAUGGGCGCUCAUUGAAUUCUUAUACAGUCAUUGAUAUUUUAAUUUUCCCCUACCCAGAAGUUUAUUAUCAGAAUUCCCCAUUAAUGUACGCUAAUUCUUUUAAAGGCCAAGAAAACACUUUAUUAAGCUCUUUUCCAGCUUUGGAUACCAGCUAUGGGUUCUAUGCUAUGGAGUUGAUUGGAAAUUUGCAUAAACAUUAAAAUUGCAUAACAAAUCGGCAGAGACGACGUGGUCAGGGAUAUUAAGGAAGGGAGGAGGCGCCAGAUAUGUGUAUUUGCUAGAUUUUACUAGGCAGGCGAGUGGCGAUUCUGAGGUCGCGAGUACAGAAUCUCGUCAGAAAGAGUAUCACAGAUACAGUCUGGUGACAGUAUAGAAUUAUCGAAGGGUAUCAGGCUUUCAGACACCUGACAUUGGAUUUUCUUAUAAAUAUAAUUAUCGAUUGGUAAUCUUCCUGAAUUCACAGGAAAACCAAUAAUAGCACACAUGAAUAGCUCAAGUGUGACUAUAAGUCAAAUCAAAACUAAAGAAAUGUCAAAUACUUAUUAUUGUUUAGUCGCAAGCAGUACUGCAAAGCCAUCAUCUUGGCAAGUUUAUCACGGCUUAAAUGCAAAAAAUGAGGCAUGCUUAAUGAAUUCUUCAUUUAUCUGCUCAUCAUCUGGAGCAAGUGUUACACUAUCAAACCUUAGAAGUGGGGUUUACCAAAUCUACUUUUCAGCUGCAAAUACAAUUCAAAGGUAUCCAGACCUCUCAGCAUCUGUGCUAAAUGUCACAUUUACCCUUAUGAAAUCUCUUGACGUCUCUGAUUUCUCUUCCCUCCUUAUUUUCUGCUCUAUUUUACUAUUAAGCUUAACUUUUUAA